UCCGGUGGUGUUCGUCUUCGGAACUCCCGAGAUUUCAGGAUGGUUUUACCGACAUUACUAAAGAGGCGGCACUCGCUGAAGGAUCGAGAUUUAUUGCCAUUAAUAAGAAGAUUUCGGGAUUUUGGCUCCGACCUCCCCAAUCAAUUCGCACAAGUGUCAAUGGAGGACAAAACGUCGGAUCUUUCGGUAGAACGCAUUAGCCAGACGUUUCACGAGUUAACGGCCACGCCUGCUGAAGAGAUUUUCGACUUAGCAGGAAGAGAACCGAGUGGGUCUAACUUUCGACUUUUCCUCCACUUGGCGAUAAUAUAUGCGAAUGAGAUAGGCCAGCCUAGGGGUCAAGAGUUAGUGGAACCACAGGCGUCUGGUAGUGCAGAAACUCCACAGCCACCAAAGAAAAAGGCGCGGAUAGCAAGUGAGGAGGUCGCUAAGGGGAGAGGUCAGCCUCAAGCGGGUACGGGGACUGGUGCAAAAGAAGUGAAGGAGGCUAAGGACCAGGUGAGAUCCCUGGCAUGCCAGGUGGAUCCGAGCGAGUCCCUCAUCCUUUUGUAUUUGGAUAAACUUUCGAGAAUAGCCACGUUAAAUGCGCAGGAAGAUGCAAGUGUUUUUCAGGAGUUAUCUCUACAGGCUACAAAGCUUCAGGGCAAAUAGAUUUAGCUCAAUUUUUCUUAACGGUUUUGGGGGGCGGAAUAGCUGAUGUAGUGGCCAAUGCCAUUAAUAAGUGCAUGAAAUCGUCGAAGAAGAAUAUAAAGAAAGUAAAGGUGUCUGAUUCAGAUGAUGAUGAAGGUGAAAAUGUAAAGGUUAAGCAAAAGAGGUAGCCAUCGCCAUUGACGAAUCUGUACCCUCAGGGACCACCCAAUACUAAUAUGAUGCCGAUGCAGGGUUUUCAAGCGGGUCAAUCUCCUUACCCAUAUAAUGGAUACGGCAAUUAUAGUGGGUAUUAUAGUAGACCGUAUAGACCAUAUUAUCGAGGUAGGGGCAGGGGUAGAGGUUCGCUUAUGGCCCAGGGUUGUUUCUUUUGCGGAUCUGAUCAACACUAUGUUCGAGACUGUGAAAAGAUGAAAAAGGCCAAAGAUAAUUAAUACAUGAGUUUUCCCGCCUUUAAUCUUAAUCCAGGGAGUCUAAUUCCCUAACAAGGAAUUUCCUUGUACGGGUUGGGGUUGGGGGUCCUUUCCUUCCGCUUUUAUGUGAUCAUUUUCACUUCCAGAAUAUACAGCAACGGGUGUUACAUGUACCAGAGUGGGAAAAACAAUGUAAUUUUAGCCCGGAAGAGGCGAUGUCGAAUAUCAGUAAGAAGGUAUAUUGGACUAAUUUGAGAAAUCAGGAAGAGAAUAUAUGUAUUGUGGUGGUAGGUAUGUAGGUAUUUCUAAGCUAUUUUGACCAAAAGCCCUUACAGGUCUUUUGCCCCAAAUUAGCCUACAACCCCCAAAGAACCAUCCACCACAAUACAUAUAUUCUAUCAUUCAUGAGAUUCCCAGUGAAGCGUUGCAAUGAAAUGGUCAAUGAAAUGGUGAGGGAAUACUAGAGCUCAAUGGGUUAUUCCAUUAAAAUAAAUGGCCUUUUUACUGUCUUCAUUAUCCAAAAUUCAAGGAAAAAAUUCAAGUAAAUUAAAUGUAUUAUCCAAUAGCAAAUCAACAUAAAAGUAAAUUCACCUAUGACUUCUUUAAUUUAGAAGUAACUGUUAAUACUAAUAACUUCUUCAGACUACAAGAAACUAAGAUAACACCUGGGUUUUUGAGCCUGAAAAAUAAGAAAGACUGUCUGCGACUGGAAAAGAAUCCAUUAUCGUUUUACCAGAACCAAUUUAACAUGGCUGUUUGGUUUGCUACAACAGGUUGUGGUAUUUCAAUAGACGAUCACUUGAAUCACAGUGACCCAUUGAUAAGGUCAAUUUACAGGUUUCAUGUUUACUAUCAAAUAUUGAAGAUCAUGAAGAAUCUAGAGAUACCAAUUCCAUGUGAAAGUGAUUUUAAUGAGACAAACAAUAACAUUAACCGUAGGAAACUAGGAGGGUUAUUGAGUGAAUUUGGUUUAAAAGACGAGUACGAUUUCUCGGUGUUUGAAAAUAACGGUGGUUGGAGGUCAUGGAGUGUACCGGAUUACAACCCGAACAUAACUGAUCCCGGAUAUUACAUCAAUGAUUCUAAAAUCAAUUUCUUCCUCAUGCAAGUUCAUGAAAAUAGAAUGCCACCGAUGUUCAGUAAAGACUGGGAUGCUGGAAUGGCUAAUUUCAAAUAUCCUGAUACUUUCAUUAAGUAUCAUGUGAAACAACACAAGAAUGUAUUUGAUGUAAUUACACAAAAUGAAUGUCAAACCUAUCAUCAAUUCAUGAUAUUUAAAACAAAUGGUUUCUCUAAUCCUGGAAUAGAGAGGUUGAAUGACACAAUAAGAACAUAUGUUUACUGUAUUCUGGGUGCUCAGGCGUUGACCAGAACACCAAUAAUUGGAGUACCGGGUACAGAAUUGGAUGCUCAGAAGGAAUUUAACAAACUAUUAAAGGACUCGAUUAAUCAACAUCCUGAUAUUCCCACUUCAAUUCAAAGAUACCAAAAAGCAGUGAGUGACACUCAUACAAGACUAGAUUAUGUAAUAGCACCAGGAUUGUAUGUCAUAGGAUCAAAUAUGGUACUCUUUAUUGGUAAGCUGGAUAACUACAAUAAUAACAUUUUCAUAGCACCAAAAAAUGCUAAACCCGGUAAGAAUGACAUUAACCACAAAAAGACCUUACCACCACCACUGAUGGAAGGAAAUAGUUCUAAGAAAAUAAGAGUUAAGAGUAGUGUUGAUACA